ACGGGAACGCGCAGGGAGUUUCGGCGCACCUGGUGGCGGAGUUACCUGAGGAGGAAGAGGCGGCAGAGGAGAGGAGACGAUGGCGGCGCUCCGGGUCCCCGGGCUCCUCCUGUGCCUUCUUUACCUGUUAGGAAGCAUCAGCGGAAUGACGGUGACUAUAAAGAAUCCUUUCAAUGUGGUGGUCUUAUUCCAGCCGGUCACUCUACAGUGCAAUUACCAGACCUCGGCUCAGCAGCCUCCCAUGGUGCAAUGGAAGUACAAGUCGUUCUGCAGGGAUCGCAUCGCCGAUGCUUUCAGCCCAACCAGCCAGAACAACCAGAUCAAUAAUCAGAUUCAGGCUGCCAAUCCCGGCUUCAAUCCGUACGUGGAGUGCCAAGAUACCAGCCGUACCGUCCGCAUCGUGGCCACCAAACAAGGCAACGCUGUCACUCUGGGCGACUUUUACCAGGGACGUAAAAUCACUAUUAAUAACAAUGCAGAUCUCUCGCUUGAGCAGACGGCGUGGGGAGACAGUGGAGUUUACUACUGUACGGUAUUAUCUUCCCAGGAUCUCUCGGGGAAUAAUGAGGCUUACGCUGAACUGCUGGUGUUGGGUAAAACCUCAGAGGUCUUUGAACUGUUACCAGACUUUCAGAUAGAUAACAUUGAAGAUUGGCUGUUCGUCGUCCUUAUUGUCCUUAGCGCUUUCUUCUUCUUCCUGAUGAUUGGCAUCUGCUGGUGCCAGUGCUGCCCACAUACCUGCUGCUGCUAUGUGAGCUGCCCUUGCUGCCCUGAGAAGUGCUGCUGCCCCAGAGCAUUGUAUGAGGCGGGAAAGGCAGCUACAGCCGGAAUACCCAGUAUGUACGCCCCCAGUAUGUAUGCGCCUUCAAUGUAUUCCCAUCCCAGCCAGAUGAAAGUCCCGCCACCCGGAUCUGUCAUUCAGAUGACGCCAAUGCAGCCUAUGUACAAUGGAUACGGAAUGGAUUAUGAUGCAGCAAGUUCAGUGGGCGGACACAGUUCUCAGGCUCCUCUGAUUCGGGACAAUGAUGUACCAGCUUCAGUGCGUAGUGGGUAUCGCAUACAGGCCAACCAACAGGAUGAUUCCAUGAGGGUCCUUUACUACAUGGAGAAGGAGCUGGCAAACUUCGACCCAACAAGACCAACACCUCCCAACGCUAGAUUUGAAAACGCUACAGUAAUGAGUGAAGUGAGCUCUUUACAUGAGGAUGAUCAGAGAGGCAAUCUCAGAAACGGACUGGAUCGCUUGCGGAACCAAGGCAUGUCUCCCAUCCGGGAUCUUGAAGAUGAGAGCCUUCUGGGAAGUGACUACCGUCGCCCCCCAGCUUCUCGUCAGGACCCUUAUGACGAUAGAUUCCGUCACGGCCCACCCAUGGAGACACGUGGCCGGGCUCGCUCUGUAGACGAACUGGAUGAUUACGACAGACGAGACCGUUACCGUGACCCUCCCUCUGAGGGUCGAAGGCGCGGAAGACGCAACUCUGAUGAUGAAAGCAGCAGCCGAGGAUAUGGCCGAGGAAGAGACGGGCGCUCCCCUGACCCCCGGGAUGACUACCAUGGAGGUAGAAGAAGCCGCAGUAGAGACGACUUGCAGGAAGUGGGCCGCCACCGACAGGAGCCAGCGUAUGAUGACCGUUUCCUCGAUGAUGUUUUGCGCAAGAAGCAGCAGAAAGCUGGCAGCCGCGACGGUCUAGACAGCAUCGCUAACUCUUCUCGCUCGGAAGGCAGAAAAAAACGCCAUGACGAUGAUGAUUUUCCACCGCCACCUCCUCCAUAUACGGAAACAGAAUCGCUCUCCUCUAGAGGGAAGAAGCUGAAAAGGGGUGAAGCUUUGAGUCGGGAGAGUUUGGUUGUUUGAGCC